AUGAAACAGGUAUACAAGGCCAUCCUCCAUGGUGACCGGGUGGAGUGGGUCGACGACGCCCCGGACGCGGACGGACCUGUCGAGGUCGAAAUCACGGUGGAGACUAAUUCCUAUGGCCGUGCCCAUAACGAGGACGAUAUUCCGCCGGUCUCGCAGUACUUACAGGCACUUGCCGAUAUGGGUACCUUCGCUGAAAUAGAGGACCCUGUGGCCUGGCAGCGGGAGAUUCGCAAGGACCGCCCUUUGCCCGGCAGGGAAUGA